AUGCGCCCGAGGCUGAGCGCUGAAGAUUUCAACGCCCGGCUUGCCCGCUACACGCCGGAGCAGAUGAACCACAUGCACAACAAAGUGCUGAGCCACAUCCUCGGCGACAAGCCGGAGAUGCAGAGCUGGCGGCUCAACGCGGCCGACCUUGUCUGUGACACGCCGACGGUUCGACGACCGCCAGCCCCGCUCGAGCCCGGACAGGUGGACAUCUUCUCACAGGAGCCGCUUCUGGCGACGGAUUUGACAUGCCACCUGCACCCGACGGCUUUGUUGCUGUGUAGCAACCGGGAGCGGCGCAACGACAAGCGCACCCUCCGAGCCGUGUACCACGGGGUCGAGAUCGACGUGAUCGUCCGGCUUCUGUGGCGCAUCAUCUACGAUCUCGAGAAUCGGAGCCCCAGUGCCUCCCAAGUUGAAGGGCGCGACGACAACAACGACGACGAUGACAACGACAACUACCGCCAGCUGCGGCGUCUGGCGGAGCCGGCGAUCGCAAAGUACCGAGGUCUCUUUGACGAACGAUACAAUGCCAUCGACCGGACUGGCGGCGUGGUCGUGGUUGCUCGACACAAUGGCACCACGGCCGAGUUCCCCGUCAUUUCCGUCGAUGAUAUGGACUAUGUCCCCCAAGGAGGGUUUCUGUUCAUGGAUCCGAGUAACAUGUGGCCGUCGCGCGGAAAGUGGGACAUGCGCUAUUUCCUGCACCGGCGUGGACGUCUUCCACCGCCGGACCCGGACGAUCCGAGGGAGGGCCUGGGGCCGUUGCCGUCCUGGUUGCAGCCGGCGGAGCCCAUUGAAAAUGUCAAGAUCCCAUGCCCGUAUCACGCGGCAGAUGUUUCUUGCGAAGCGGAGGACGGUCUUGUCGGAAGUUCAGAAGUCGAGAAUCUUCCUGUCCCACCUGAAGAAGUUGAAGUAUGA